ACACAACAUGGUGCUGGAUUACGAAAAAACACUCUCUGGGGCCCUGGGACGUUACUUUUUUUAUAACUGUAACGGUAAGCAAUCGACAAGUAAACAGUUUGAAUUCACCCGGAGAAGCCGUCUAAAGCAUGUCUUGCAUGUCUAAAAAACGUCUUUGCUCCCCUGUUCUCUGGGCACGUGCUUACCAUUUAACGUUAAGCAAGAAUUCUAAUGCAGAGGAGCGUGCGACUGUAGUGCCAACGUGCAAACAUACCUGAGGCAUAUUGUUGCGAGAUGAACGUCAUCCUGAUCCCGUUCUUCCUAGCGGCCCACGUAGUCGACAACGAUACGUCAGACUGGACGCUUGGGCCGGAAUACGUGUACGACCUGAUCUAUUCUUAUUUGCUCAAAGGGGAAACCGGAUAUAUCCAAAAUUAUUAUUUAAUGAAUACACUACACUGUCGCCCCAAAAUGCCGGACCAUCUAUUCUGCAGUUUAAGAAACGAAACGGAAGUGAAUUUUGUCACAAAUCGCACCAAGAAGCGAACGACGCGGCCAGAGAAUAUGUUUGAGAUGAAAUUUAACAGGAAGGGUGUGGAAGGCCUGAUUUACGAUCCGCAUCACAUGAAAUAUGUAAAUCUACAGCGAAGAAUCGCCAAUCAGUUUAGCGUGCUCGUUCGUCCGAAUAAAAUUGGCAAGCCGCACUUUACAGCCAAAGAGAACUCAUCAAUCGGCAAUUGCGCGACCGAGUACAACAUCACACGCGAAGAACCCGAGACAGACGCGCACGAGAAUGGUGGUACCGAUUUUCGGCUCGAGAUAUUACAGUUGGCCGACGACAAACCUGGAACGACUCUUUUGAUCGAGAAAUCUCGGUCAGAUUGUAUUAAUCUACCGGGAGAUAACGAAGUCAACGUAGGCGUCGUACACUCAAAGAUGAGGAGAUUUGUCAGCAAGUACAAAAUCAGUCCAAACAAAUUCGAAAGCCGCACCGACUUCGAGGGGACGAACGUGUAUCAAUUUCCGAAAAGCGCGGAGUUGCCAUUUAAAGAAAUCUUACACAUAAAUUUAAAAGGCAUUAAACCUGCGCAAAAUGAACUUCCGACUUUUUCGUCCUCUAAACUGAUCAAUUUAAAUAUCUACAAUGAUAUCGAAAGUUAUAAGAGCAAUUAUUUAAAUAAUUAAAAAUAAUUAAAUAUUGUUAAAAAAUAAAUACAAAAAAUAAUUAAAAAUAAAUUAUAUAUAUAUAUACCUUCUGCCAAUAUACAGGGCGAGUGUUACUCCGUGAACCAGUCUUUUACCAUGAGAUCUGGAUUACCGAACGAAACUGUAGCCAACUCUGGUAAAAUGGAGAAAUCUUAUUGUACAUGUUUCAAUCACGCAAAAUUUAAUUACAUCUGUCAAAAUGCAAUUAGUUGUUACAUGAUUGAAACGUUCCUAACGAGAUGUAUUUCCACUUUUUCCAGAGUUGACUAGACUUUUGAUCCGGUAAUCCGUCUCUCAUGAUGAGAGACUGGUUCGCGAAAUAAAACUCACCGUGUAUUAUUUGUACAUACAUUACAUUACGUUGUAGAAAUGCUACAAUUUGCUGCAUGAAACAUGUGAUCAAAUUAAAACCACGUAUGAGUAGCGUUAAAUAAAGUGUCCCUCAAAA